GGUUAGAGAAGUCGCUCACCAACACCGCCCCCUCCAUCAUUUCUGUAAUCGAGCGUCGAGCUGCACGAUCUGCACCUCUGCAUUAUGCGCGUUUGGUGUCGGUGGGAAUUCUCGGUAAACACAGCACAGGCACAGAGCUCCAGCCCCUUCGCACCCCCCACAAAUAGCUAGUGUGUGCGCGGAGCAGGAGGCGGUCUGUCCUGUUUAUCAAGAAAAUGAUUCGACACGGCUGUGCCGUUUGCUCAGCGCUUAUGGAGGCGAGUCCAGAAACCAUAACGAGCUGAGAGAGGGGGAGACGCCAGAUAUCUUAAUGAACGUCAUAAGUAAGGUUGGGUGGCCAUGGACCCUUUCAACCAGCUUAUUCUCGUCAUCUCGGUGACCAGCUUCUUCACCUUCCAGUGGCUCUUCCACAAAGUCAGCCCCUGGUUGUCUGUACGCAUCAGUCCUGGCUUCCUUGGCCUCAGCGACAAGCAGAAGGUGGAAUGGAACUCGAGGACAGUAUCAACGUUUCACGCCUUGUUGGUGGGAAUAUUCUGUCUUUACAUUCUGUUUUUUGAUGAUGCUGUCAAUGAAGAUCCAGUUUGGGGAGAUCCUACACUGGUCAAGACAAACGUUGCAAUUACAACAGGCUACCUCAUAUCGGAUUUGCUGCUGAUAUUUUAUUAUUGGAAGGCAAUAGGCGACAAGUUUUUUGUAGUUCAUCAUCUGGCAGCGUUGUAUGCUUACUACUAUGUACUGGGCCAAGGAAUGUUGCCUUAUUUUGCUAACUUCCGCCUGCUAGCUGAGUUUUCUACACCGUGUGUAAACCAGCGCUGGUUCUUUGAGGUGUUGGGUUAUCCCAAGUCCUCCCGGCCCAACAUGGCAAAUGGCGUUGCCAUGGCAGUGGUGUUUUUCCUCGUCCGCAUCGGUGUCAUGCCAGUCUACUACAGUCGCAUGUAUGCGGUCUAUGGCACUGAGGCCUUCUACCUGGUGCCAUGGGGUGGUCGUGUAGCCUGGAUCUGCUCCAGCAUCUGCUUGGACAUUAUGAACGUAAUGUGGAUGCAUAAGAUCGCCCGUGGAUGUUACAAGGUCCUACGAUCAGCACACCGGAGCAAAGCUGGCACACCUCAGGAAAACGGCAAGACGGAUUAAGAGAACCAGGUGUCACUGGUGAGAACAUGCCACAGCAGAAACACUGACAACACUAUGUGCAGUGGCUCGUAGCAAGUUGGACCCUGGCAUGCAAGGCUGCUUCAUUAGCAGCCUACCUGGGACUUGAGAUUACAAGACCACAUGCAGUGAGGGAACUUGAAAGCAGGCACAGUGACCGAGAUGUACCAAUGGACCAUUUAAAAUGGCCAUCCCAAAGCCAUGAAAUGACCUCUUAGCAAUACUGUGUGCAUGGCCAAUUAUUUUUCUUGUGAAGGAUUUACCAGAAGAGGUCAUCCCGGGACAAAGCGGCUGUUAGCCCAACGACAAAUUGUCAAAAAGUUUACCAUUCUUUACGAACUUCGUGAUCAACAAAAGACUUUUGUAUUAAUGCUGCUGUCUGAGUCGCAGAAUGAAAACGAUGAAAUAGAUGGUGUUGGUGAGGUAUGUGAGGAAACCUCCAAAGCAUUUUGUGAAUCCACAUUGAUGGUCAGUGUCAUAAAAUCCUUGUUAGAUGCCAUUUGAGGGAUAUGAUUAAGAAAUAAUCAAAUUCCAUCAAGUGCAGUCUCAGAAGAAUUUGUGAUUUUAUUUUUUUUAAUUAAAUUAAUUUUUUUUUUUUUAAAUCACU